CAUUUGAAUUUCUCUGUUCUAUUAGGAACUAUAUACUGCUGGCAUAAUGGAAAGUUAUUGCUUAGUGCUAAUUUUUUUCGCUCUGACUAUUGAUAAAACUCUUCAAAUAAAACCAAUGAAAAGUAACCUGAAUAUUGAAAUUCAAGCAAAGGACUAUCUUGGCAUAGCAGUCCCAUCAUUGAAAAGAAGUAAAAGAAACAUUAUAUCAACUAGAAGACAUUGCUUCCAUUUGGCUCAAAAUUGCAACUACAUCUUCAUAAAACUAUUAGAAAAAUCUUACCAUAAAGGUUUCUCAGUUGAAGGAUUUUCGGGUGCAUAUAAGAAACAAUUAUCUUGCUUGAAAAGUGUAAAUAAACAUCCUUGCAAAGUGAAAUACUUUCAUAAAAUAAAGAAAAGAAUUCAAAAAAUUACUUCUUACGACUGUAAAUGUGAAUUAAAAUCCUGUAAUGGAAUACCUCUGGAAGAUUGCUCAGUAUGGUAUUGUCAGCAGAAUGCUUUUCAGCACUGUAAUGCCCAAGAUGGACAAGAAAAAUCCGCCCAAGAUAUGAAAAGUAUAUGUAAGCCUCCUAGUUAAAUAAAAUUUAGAUAACAUAACUUAUUAAUACUCCACUUAUUUACAGGUCCAGGUAAUGGAGGAUAUACAAAAAGUAGUUGUUCCAAAGGUUCAAGACGCUUUUUCAUCGGAUAAAAAGUUUAUAUUUUUAAAUGAUGAAUGAAAAUUGUUUAUGAACAAAAGACUAAAUUAUUUUAAAAAUCUCUGUAAAACUCUCUUCCUCAUGACGAGCCUCUCAUUUCUCUUAGCGUCUUUCUUGUUAUCUGACUCACCCUCAGUUGAUAAAAUCGUUUUGGCAUUUCUGCACUUAGAAGUUGAAAAUAAUAAGCUACAAUAAAUCGGAAAAAGCGGAUUAAAUAUUUUCAAAAAGUUAAAAAAAAGGCUAAAAAAAAUAUUUUGUAUUUUGUUUACCUUCUUAAUUUAUCUUUUCUAUCAAAUUAAUUAAUUUACUUAAUAAAAAAUGAAUAAUCAAGACACUACUUAAAUUAAAAAUACUAUCUUAUACAUCAUUUUCCAUAAAUUAUAUCAUUUUAUCAUACUUGAUUC